AUGUCCGGACACGAUCAGACCCGUGUUGCCGCCGGCCUCAAAGCUGCCAUCCAUAACCCCAACGUCUCUGAGGAGGCCAAAGAGCGCGCGCAGGAACGUCUUGAGACGAUGGGCGCCGCCCAUGUCCACCCAUCGUCUCACCCCGUCGGCACCGUCGACACCACCGGCCACGAGGCCAACCGCGUCAUCGGUGGAUACAAGGCCGCCCUUCACAACCCGCACACGAGUGAGGAGGCCAAGCGCCACGCCAAGGAGAUCCUCGAGGCGGAUGGCUACACCGUCGAGACCCCCGAGGGCGUGUCGGAGACGGAACACCAGAUGCGCGUGAAUGCGGGUUACAAGGCCGCGCUGCACAACCCGAAUGUGUCAGAGCAGGCAAAGGUUCACGCGCGCGAAUACCUACGUGAACACAACGCGCUCUGA